CAUGAAAACGGAAAAAACACCAAAAACACGGACGCUACUCUCCACAUGGAGUCUCUUUUCAUUCGAAAAUCUUCACUCUCUUUUGAUAAACUUCCGCCGAUUUGCUUGACCACCGCGUCUCCGCUUCGUCGUCGUGAAGCUCAAUUCCCCCCUUCUAAACCCAUUUUCAAAUAUUAAACCCGAAUCAUCUGCCCGGUUUGAACACCCCCAAGUUGUUCUCACAUCAGUUUCAGUACGUAUACUUAUGUGCAAAUGUAAUAAAUGGCUAGGUUACUUUUUAGGCAAUUAAUGAGAUUGAAGGAGAAUGGACUUUGAUGGUCGGUAAUUACUGCAGUUGUUUUGAUCAGAAUUGUGGGUUACAUAUUUUGAAGAGUUGGGUCAGGCGUUUAUGUUAGCGGGUCUCUGUCAUUUUUGGACAAACAACUCUGUACAUAAAGAAGAAAGGAGUUUUGGUGGGGAUUGAAAAAUGACAAGUAUAACGGAUGCUACAAUAAUUCAUCAUGUGGGCAUUGUGUUGCUGCUACUAUGGUUGCUUAAUUCCUUCGAUUGUUGUCACCCUUUUGCUUACUUCCUCUCCCUUAUCUAUCUCUACAUGGUUCAUGAGCAGUAUGUGACUAAAUUACGGAGGAAACUACAGUUCGAGGAAAAAAGACAGUCUUCUCAGCGCCGAGUCCUUUCAGACUCUGAAUCAGUGCGAUGGUUAAACUAUGCGAUUGAGAAGAUAUGGCCUAUCUGUAUGGAGGAGAUUGUUUCACAGAAAAUUCUCCUCCCUAUCAUUCCAUGGUUUAUGCAAAAGUACAAACCCUGGACUGCUAAAGAAGCUGCAAUUCAGCACCUCUACUUGGGAAGAAAUCCACCUAUGUUCACAGAAAUGAGGGUUCUUCGUGAAUCUACUGGAGAUGAUCACUUGGUCCUGGAGUUGGGAAUGAAUUUUCGUACUGCUGAUGACAUGAGUGCACUUCUUGCCGUGAAACUGAGGAAAAGGUUGGGCUUUGGGAUGUGGGCGAAGUUGCAUCUGUUGGGCAUGCAUGUUGAGGGAAAGGUGAUUCACUAAUGGCAAUUAAUAUUGUGAAAACCUGAUACUGUAGAGGGAAAUGAGUUUUUUAUUUUGUGUGUGUUUUGGGUUUUUUUUUGGGGUGUGUGUGUGUGUGUGUGGCGGGGAGGGGAUUAGUAGUAUCAGUUUAAUGUACAGUACUUAUAGUUGAAGACUCUGUGAAGGUUUGAAAUAUUCGUAUCAAGUCAUAAAAAACUUUGAUGAGUA